GAAGAAAUAAUAAUGUUGUAUGCAGUACGACAGGGUCCGGAGUCGGCACUGAACUCAAACCCGGGUGGCGCCGCGAAGCCGCCGCUCAUCAACUCAUUCGAGCUGGACCGGUGUUUGGACCGGGAGGAGUCCGGCAGGUGGGGCGGCGAGGCGGCGCGGCGACGCCGGCGCAGCUCGCCCCCGCGCCGCGCCUCGCCCCCUCGCGACCAUGAGCCCCUCGCACUUGCACGGGCUUCAGCCCCAACAUCUCCCCAAGGCUCGGCCCAUUCGAGCCCGGCACCGGUGUCUCCUGCCGGGAGUGCCGGUGCAGCAGGUGGGGCCCGCUCACCACUGCCACUCGUGGCACCUGACCUGCUGGCCAUGCAGCUCCUUGACCAGCACACCCAGCUGCAGGCCCUUAUGAAGCAGCGGCUGUUCCACCAGCACCAUAUGCAAAAACAGCAUAUGACAUCGGAGGCUGCAAAGCGUCAGCUGGAACAAUCGCGGCUGCAAGACCAGAUUAAUCUUAAUUUGCUGUCACAAUCUCACCUGCCUCCGCCAGAUACGUCGCCAGGAUCUCUUCAGCAACAACUAGGCGCCCAGCAGCAGCAGCUGGUGCAACAGCUGCAAGCAGUACAGCGUCAGUACCUGAUGCACGGACCACUCUCCGUGCCACCCAAUGCUCCUCCAGGCUUAAUGCUCUGGGGCAGUGAGAUGGAGGAGCAUCCUCUUUUUGGUCGCGGUGUCUGCAAGUGGCCCGGCUGUGAUGCUCUAGCAGAAGAUUACCAGGCCUUCCUUAAGCACCUGGAAGCGGCGCAUACCCUGGACGAUCGGUCCGCGGCGCAGGCGCGCGUCCAGAUGCAGGUGGUGGCGCAGCUGGAGCUGCAGCUGCGCCGCGAGCGCGACCGCCUCGCCGCCAUGAUGCGCCAUCUGCACGCUGCGCGGGAUACCACGCACCAUCAGGCUAAGCAUCCACAUGGUGCUGCUUCUGAAGGUGCAUCUCCUGGUCCAGUUCGGCGCCGUGUCUCCGACAAAUCUGGUGUCGCUAUAGCCGGAGGUCUUCCGUAUAUGCUCGAAAGAGCUGGAUUAGAUGUGCAACAAGAGAUCCAACGCAACCGCGAGUUUUACAAAUCGGCUGAUGUGCGGCCGCCAUUUACGUACGCCUCACUUAUUCGCCAGGCUAUCAUAGAAUCUCCAGACAAGCAGCUGACUCUCAACGAGAUAUACAACUGGUUCCAGUCUACAUUCUGCUACUUCAGGCGCAACGCUGCCACUUGGAAGAACGCGGUGCGUCACAACCUGUCGCUGCACAAGUGCUUCAUGCGCGUGGAGAACGUGAAGGGCGCCGUGUGGACCGUGGACGAGGUCGAGUUCUACAAGCGCCGGCCGCAGCGCGCCGCGCACCACCCGCCGCUGCACGCCGGGUUCAUGGGAGCUCAGAGUCCUCCAAUGAUGACCAGUCCUCAUGGAUAUAGCGAAGCACUGAAACGAAACCUGCAGGGUAUGAUGGAAGAUUGUAACCUGUCGUACAUGUCCGGUGAGGAUCACAUGAUGCAGUCUGAAGACUAUCCUUCCUCGCAUGAUGAUUACAGCCGGCCCCCGAUGCUGAAUGGAUACGGCAGCAGCAGUUCCUCUCAUGAUGUAAAGGCUGAGGACCUGACCAGCGACCCUCAAGAUGUCAAACCCAACAUCUACGCACUCAAGAACGAGAUGCAGGCUUCUGAUUAUUCUAACAAAGACUACUCAAACUCAAACAAAGAGUCAUCCAGCAACCGCUCCGGCGAAACUAGUCCUUAUGAUGACUACCCAAGGGCUGAAGAUCGGUACCGACCUUCCAUGUCUCACAUCAAAGACGAGGCUGAAAACUUGUCCCUCAAUGAACAGAGAUCUGACAAAUAAAGUACCCACGAGUUCGUAGGCACCAAUACCAGUGCCUCACGCGAUCAACUAUCAAGAUUAUGUGGCUUUUACUCGUACACAGUCUGUGUAUGUGUAAGCAAAGCUAAAGUGUGUCUGUACACAAGUGUGUAAGUACACACGUCACGUGAACUAAGUGUAAAUCGUUUACAGUAACACUCCAGUGUUUGGCGUUUAUUAUCACAGUAUAUAAUACUAUAUUAAUUACGGGUGUAGAUCUAUUUCAAGUUAUUAGAAAUGGUGUACUAGAAAGUGUAAUGUGUUCACUGUUCGAAGUUUUUAUAAUAAACAAAAUGGACGAUCUCGAAAUGAGGAAUUGUAAGUUAGAGUUAACCAAAUAUUUUUUUCUUUAUUUUUUAAUUGACCCGGUUUUAACGGGGUUUUGAAGUAUUAUAGGUUUUACGUUUUUUUUUUUUUAAUUUUAGUUUCCCCUUAGGUUUGGUAGCUGAGGUAGUUUAACUUGUUAGAAAUAUUUAUAGCAUGUAAGUUUUAGGAAGUUUUUAGAUGGAACGGAUUGCGCAAAUAAUCAUUGAAUUCAACGAUAAAUAACCUUAAAAGGUCCAUAUCAAUAUUUAAAUAAAAUAUUUAAUCAUUAUUUGUAAUAUACAAGUAUUAAGAACAAUAAGUAGCAACUAUUGAUACGAUAAACAUAAGCUUAAUUAUACGCCAAGCGUUUCAGUUGUUUUUUCAUUUUGUGCUACAGAAAAGUAAAGAAGAUCUCAGAACAUUUACAUUUAUUUUCAAAACACAGAGACCGUUUUAUUUUUUACAUAUAUUUUUGUGAUUAUUGAUCUGAUGUAAAGUUAUCAUAUGUAUCUGAUGUUUAUGUUAAUGGCGGCCUGAUAUUUUUGGUACCGUUUAUUUUUUAUUACUUAAUUUAAAUUCCAUGGAAUUGUUUUUAGCGUAAGUUUAGACUGUAAAUAUUUAUCAUGGAUUGUAAAAUAAAUCUCUUUUGAAAAAAAAAAAUAAUGGUAAAAAUUUAGACGAGUGUAACGUUCACUUAAACUAUUGCAUAUUAAAUCGUUCCAUGUUGUAGAAAAAAAAAUUAGAAAAAGUAAACUUAGUAGUAAAAAUCACUGUAUCUGUACUGAGAAAUCGUUUCUUGUUUUGUUCGAAAAAAAAAAAUUUCGUGCAUUUUUCGAUUUUGCAUUUACCUACUAUAAAAUAAUAAUAAGGGCGUUUGGUUGAUUUUUGUUACUUUUUCGAUAAUAAUCGAAAAGGGUGGAAAUUACCAUAUCACACAUUAUUAUGUAUACUUGUAACGUAGAUAACUGUAUAAUGAGUAUGUGAAAUGUAUAUUCGAAUACGCAAUAACUUUGGGAUUAAAAAUGUAUACAUUAAUAGCUAUGUAGGUGUCACAUUUUUACAUAUAUACUAUGUGAAGUGCAAAUGCUGUCACAGUUGGGUUACGGUAAAAAAAACAAACAAUUAUUGACGUAGAAAUAGAUAAAAGAUUCGAUUGUUAGCUGUUCCCAUCCGCCUAUAAAGCAUAGUCCCGCCGCCUGAUAUAUUCCAACCGUACCUUUACCGUGGCCUGACAGAAUUUCAUACGCAUUAGUCACAAACACGUAGCCAGUAGAUAAACAAUUUCUUCGUACCUACGUUAGUAACUGCUAUAUAAUGAGGCUGUUGGCAAGAUCCUUCACCCAGCUGACUGAUAUUUUCUUUUAUACAAAGACUUGUAUACGUGUGAACAGUCCCUAACAGUCAAGUACAAUAAUUACGUAAUUAUCGUAAUUAAUCGUUUGUAAACCCGUUGCACGACACAAGGAUUCUGAAUUUGGAAUUGACAACAUUUUAUAUUGUGACGACAUUAUUUUUUUGUUUUUUUUUUUUAUUAUUAUUAUUAUUGUUUAGCGAUCGCGUACUUACAUAGUAUGUAUGAUUAUGAGAAAAUUUAAUAAAGAAUGUUUCUCACUACACCGUUUUCGAAUUGUUUUUUUAUUAUUUUGCUAUCGUAGAGUUAUUAAGUUUGCGUCAAUGUCUUUGUGAUUAUUCGUACGGGAUCGUGGAUUCGAGCGGUGUAGUGCGAAUCGCCUCUUAUUUGCGUUCCGUUUAGAUGGUCAGCAGAAAGAGUGCUUAUGUUCAGUGGAGCUGCAGUGCUCGAGCCAACACGAAUACUUAUUGAUCAUUGUAAAUUAUACUUACUUAGUGUUGUAUUAAACGAAAUCAUUACAAUUA